UAUCGGCCCGGAUGGCGGACUGUUGUAUUGCUGCCUGCAUUAGGCCUGGGCAGACUAAUAAGUCGCAUCAGCUCAGGAGGAGGUACGACCCAGCGCCUAGUCAGUCUGCACAGGCUUCUGACAAGAUUGAAGCAUCCGGUGGCACAAACCAAGCUGUCGGCAACAGUCGGGAUCCAAGCUGCACUGAGCACCGCCGCAGCCCUUCUGUGAGAAUGAAGGCCCGUUUCAUCAUCCUGCUGCCCCUGCUCCUCCCCCUGGCAGGGGGGCAGGUCUACCACUGGGGCCCGUGUCCACAGCUGGGGGUCCAGCCAAAUUUCAACCUCCAAAUGUACCUGGGAAAAUGGUAUGAGAUCGAGAAGCUGCCCAUUUCCUUCGAAAGAGGCAAGUGCAUGGAGACCAACUACUCUAUGCGGGGGGACAACACCAUCAAGGUGGUCAACACAGAGCAGUUGGGCGGAAAACUGAGGUCUGUUGAAGGCACAGCUGUGGUCCUGGACGUGAGCGAGCCUGCCAAGCUGGGAGUGAGCUUCUCUGUCUUCACGCCUUAUAUUUCGUACUGGAUCCUGUCCACCGACUAUGAGACCUCAGCAGCUGUGUACUCCUGCUUCGACGUGCUGCGGAUCUUCCACGUGGACUAUGCCUGGAUCCUGGGCCGGACCCGCUCUCUGCCGGAAAAGACCAUCAGUGCUGUGAAGGACAUCUUCAUAAGGAGCCACAUUGACAUGGAGAGGAUGAAGCCCACCGACCAGGAGGGCUGUGAGCUGCCACCAGUUUAGGGUUUUAGUUUUGGCUGCUUUCUAUCACUGCAGCAAAGUGAAGACACAAUGCUUUUUACUCAUUUCACUGACACCAUUAUCAUUUGCUACAGCACAUAUGCAUGCAUGUAAACACUGAUUACCUAAAGAAACGCUUCUUUCUUAAAGCAGUCUCAGCAAAAUUGCAACAUCUUCAAAGUUCUUGCUCUAGGUAAAACAUGAGAAACACUAAAAAUUUACGGAGGAUAUAUUUCCAAAAUGGCUUUGCGAACAGAACUGAUCUUUUACCCCUAAAUCAUAAACACUUGUACCUUGUCAGCAUCUAACCUUAGGUUAAAUAACACACUGUGGUUUAAAUGAUAGAUGAACAGUUAUUGCAAGUACAGAAAGCAAAGCAGGCAAGGUAGACUAAAUAAAAUGUUAUCUUAAGGGAAACUCUCAUGCCAAGGCGUAACUCUCCCAGUGCUUAAUUAAUAUACCAAAAAUAAAGAAUACCAUAAAUGCAGUGCAAACCCGCAGUGGCAGCUGCUGAAUUUUUAGUGAAGCAAACUGUAGAUAAAGGCCUUCCAGCCGUUUUCAAAUGUGAUAAAAAUAAAUAAAAAAAAAAUCAAAUGAUGCCUCACUUUUCAAAAAUGAGUUGUGGCCCUCACAAUAAAUGUAACCACACAAACACUUACACUUACGUUCCAACAUAUACACAAAUUCCAGUAAGCGAACAUAUCAAAUCUGAAUACCAGAUAUCAACUUUGGUUGAGCUGUGGUCAAAAUACUGUUUUUUUAUCUGCAUUUUCUCCUAACCUUCGAUUUUAAUGUCUCUUUAAUGUCUGUAAUGGCACUUCAUUGGUUUCAUCUGUUUUUUUUUUCCUUUUGGUCUAUGAGAUCCUCUUUCAAUACUCUAACAGCCCACUAGGGGUUGGCAAACGCUGCUGUACACUAUUCUGUGUGACCUCAACGCUUUCUUUUUUUUUCUUGUGGAAGUACUGCCUCACCUGCUGUCGUAAAAAAACCUCCAGUCACCCACCGCUCUCAAACAUGUGAAGGGCACGUUGUCUGGACGCUUCUCUUCCUGUGAUCAGUAAUUAACCACUGAAUGUCUGACAUGCUCUGUUGCUGAGUAUUUGCUCACCUUGACGGGGAGUUUGCUCAGAUGGUGGAGACUGACAGAUGCUGAUACCUGGGAUCUUCUGUUUGCGGUCCUGUGCUGUAAUAAAGUCAAUCGCUGUGCUUCACCCCCCCUCCUGCAGGAUGGUCGCUCUUUGGAGAUGUUGUCAUUAAAAGUUUCUUUUUUAAUUUC